GUUUUUCGGGGUGAGGUGGCGCGUUUUGGGGGGACACAUAACUUUUCUCUACGUGUUUGUUUGCGCAUUUUUUUUCUCCCCCCCCCCCCUUCCACGCUGCGGAUGGACGGAAACUAGUGGAGCCCGUGGAGCCGCCUGCGGGGGCUCGGCCGUGCAGUGUUGAAAUCAGCGGAAACGCCUGUGCGGUGCGGUGCGGGGCAGAGUUUCCGCACCACCCACGUCUCAUGUGCGGUUCACUCGCGGAAAAGUUGUGGACAUGUUUUCCCGGAGGUGCACGGUUUUACGCACACGCCGUGCAACGUCGUAGCCGUUUACGCGGCUCUCCUGCGUGCGCGGACUUCGCAACAACUCUUUCCUCCUAUUCUUGAUUCUAAACCCGCCUGUUCGCCAUAUUUGUGCGCAGAGAAACUCGAGGGAAAGUUGUCAGAGUUAUGACACUCGCUGCGCACGAUCCCUCCGCGGGGCUGCACGCAGUCGACUUUGAUCGGAACCAAAGCUGCUCCAUGGAGCUGGGGCUCCGUGCACCAUUGAUGAGAAGGUCUGGCAGCCUGGAGAGGAUGAGAAGAUUGGACAACAAACCUCAGAUCUGAUUCUGCAAGAAGGAGGGUUGCAUGUUCCCCACCCUGCACUUUCCUCUGGGAUUUAUAUUUCCUCCCAAAUACCUCUGUUUACUCAACUAAACAAAGAAUUUCUCGACUGCAGGCCGAGAAAAAACACACUACAGAGGCGAAAACUUCAGAUUUGCACACCCAAUUAAAGACGGAGAGCUGUUACAUUGUCGUUCCUUACAACAUUAGUAUGAGUCUCCCGCCUCAAGUCAACACUGACAAGAGUGGCAAGCAUCGGGCUGCAGCCAUGAAGGAGUCUGUGCAGCAUUCAGGGGAGGUUUACUAUGGUAUGGCACCUCCUACUCUAGAGUCAAGCCACAGUGACUCUGCGAGCAGCUCGGGUGUUUUUAACCCAGAGAAAGGGCCCCCAAGUUUACCACACUAUCAACAGGCUGCUCCAGUAAAGUGGAUACACCAGGACUCCAUUCAGGCCCCCGGCUGGUCUCAGGAAGCCCCCGUGCCAAGCUGGGGGCAGAACUUUGGUCCCUACAUGGGUGGGGUGAACGUCAGAAGUCAGAUGGCGUUCCACAAAGGAGUCCACGAAGGUGUAGCUCUGCCAAUGGGGGGAGAGAAUCAACUGCCCGGACCCACCGAGGUUUAUAGAGAUGCCAACCAGGCACAAGCUCAGGGGAGGGGGCUCGAGUGGGAGCAGCAUGCCGUGGCUGCUAUGCAACAGGCACAGCUGCAAGCGUAUCAACAGGGCCACAAAGGUGUGGAGAUCCAGGGUCAGCCCCACGUGCCAUCUCACACUUUGCAGGGGUCCAUGCUGCAGCCCUUCCAGUCGACAUUUCGACCCAGCAAGCAGCAGUUCUCAUCUGGCUAUUACUCUGUUUUUCCAGGGAACAAGGCAAUGCCGAGCCUGGCCUAUGGAGAGCAACAGAAAAGUCAACAACAACUGCUUCACCAGAUGCAGCAGCAAAAAAUGCAUCAUCAUCACCAGCAGCAUCAACAGCAGCAGCAGCAGCAACAACAACAACAGCAGCAGCAGCAACAGUUGCAGCAACAGCAUCACCUUCAGAUGCAGCAGCAGCAACAUCUGCAGCAACAGCAACACCAAAUCCAACAGCAUCAAAUGCAACAGCAACAACUGCAGCAGAUGCAGCAAUAUCAGCAGCACCAGCAGCUUCAGGGGCGACAGCAACAAAUGCAGCAAAUGCAACAGCAGCGGCAGCUGCAGCAGCAUAAUGUGCCACAGCCAGAUGCAACAACACAACUGCAGGUGCAACCAAAACAGCCACAGACCCAAAACUUUGCAGCUUAUCAGUCUCCUGAUCUGUGUCCACCCGAUGCUGCAUCUAAAAAGGAGGACGUCCGCUCUGUGGAGCCACAGACUCCAACCUCUGACACAUCUGCGGUACCUGAACCGUGUCCCGAAAAGGAUGCCGCAAAUCCUGCAGAGACCUCAGACACACAGCCGGCGGCCCCACGGCGCUCGCGCCGCCUUUCAAGAGAAGGACAGUCCCCACCAGGUCCCCUUUCGACGAACAUCUGGUCUCAAGGUCCCAAAGAGCCUUCAGCGUCCCAGAACGGAGUGGCAGGCGGACAGAAAGGAGGAGAGAGCCAGGUGCCCACAGGAGGCGUCAUCCAGAUCACCCGCAGGAGGAGGAGGGCGUCUAAGGAGAUCAACCUGGAGACUCUUGCACAGACGGCAUCAGAAAGGCAAAAGAUCGUCAAGGAAGAUGGCUCCUCAGGCAGACAGACCACCAUGGUGCCCCUGGUCAUCCCUGUGUCUGUCCCGGUGCACAGGAGCCAGAUGGAUCCUCAG